GUCUAUGGCUACUUGAUGUUCCUGGCUGCCAAGUUUUUGUCCGAUGGAACUGAAAUUUUGCUGCAAAUUCUCGGUCCCGGCAUUAUUGGUGGUCUAUUCUUGCCUGUGUUGAGCUCUGUUCUUGAUGCAGCAGUCAUCCUCGCUUCUGGACUAUCUGGGAGCAAGGAUACUGCUCAAAGUCAGGUAUCUGUUGGGAUGGGCUUGAUGGCUGGAUCAACAGUUAUGCUUUUAACUAUAUUGUGGGGUUCCUGUCUUCUAGCCGGGAAGUGUGACAUUGAAGGUUCCACUGCAGUAGAUUUGAAAGAUACUAAAAGAUUCAGCUUAACUGGAUCUCGUGUGAGCACUGAGAUUUGGACGAGCUAUGCUGCAAGGAUAAUGAUUAUAUCUGCUAUCCCAUUCAUCAUUGUCCAGUUACCACAAUAUUUCCUCACUGCAGCUUCUAGUAGUCGUUUAGUAAUCCUGAUUUCACUCAUCGUCUCCAUUUCUUUGGUGCUUUCUUAUUGCCUUUAUCAGGUAUUCCAGCCUUUGAUUCAAAAGAGAAGAAUUGCAUAUCUAAGGCAUAAGCAUGUAAUAUCGGGAAUUUUAAAACAUUUGAGAUCGGACACACUGGGAAGAUUCUUUACAGAUGAUGGUCUACCUAAUAUAGAUGUCAUACAGAAGUUAUUUAGCACAAUUGAUGAGGAUUCAGAUGGAAGACUAUCCGCUAAGGAAUUAAGGGCUCUGAUAGUAGGAAUCCAAUUCGAAGAGAUAGACAUGAACAUCAAUGACGCUGUUGAACAAGUUCUGAAAGACAUGGAUAAAUCUGAAGAUUCAUUCAUCGAUGUGAAUGAGUUUGUUGCUGGAAUCUCAAGAUGGCUUAUUAAGGCUAAACAUUCUGCUAAACGGCGGGAUGGAACUCCCAUGAAACUAACAAUUUUGAAUGAUUUUGAUCAGCGGGCGAGGAAAGAGUAUGAUCCGUUGGGAGAUGAAAACGAUGAGGUCGUAGAAAGUAUCGGAAAUCCCAAGUGGAAAGCCUCCAAAGCAGUGUUGAUGCUGCUUAUGGGUGCUGUGCGUUCUGAUCCUCUUGUAGACGCUGUUGACAACUUCUCAACUGCUUCAAGCGUUCCUUCUUUCUUCAUCUCAUUCAUCAUUUUGCCAUUUGUUACCUCUAGUGAGGUAGUUUCAACUCUAACUUUUGCCAGCCGGAAGAGGUUGAGAACUGCAUCCUUAACAUACUCUGAGAUAUAUGGAUCUGUGACCAUGAGUAAUAUCCUUUCCCUGUCAGUGUUUCUGGGUCUUGUUUACUUUCGUCAGUUGACAUGGAACUUUUCAGCAGUAUUGGUAAUUCUACUUGUUUGCUUUGUAACGGGCCUCAUUGCCAGCUUUCGCACCACCUUCCCUCUUUGGUUGUGUUUGGUGGCCUAUGCGCUUUAUCCACUCUCUCUGCUGUUCGUGUCUGCUCUUGACUAUGUUUUAGGAUGGUCCUAA